UUGGAUAAACUCCUGGAAGACUUCAAUAUGGCAAAUUUACCCAAUCUUCGAAGGCUCUUUGUUGAAGCAAGAACAGAUGCUGAAGAGAGCACAUAUUCAAGGAAUGCUUUCUACAACAUAGUCUUAUUCAUAUCAUCUAUUGCAGUAUUCAGUGUUGUUGCACAGCGUGUCAGCAAAGUUCAAACCUGAUUACUAGCGAUGGAAUGCUCUAUCCAGGCAACUGGAAAGAGACGUCAACAAUUUGCUGUACGAAACUUUUCAUUAUCUUGGCUUUCUAGAGGCUUGAAUAAAGUUCCUGGGCCUCGUAUGAUUGAGCGUGCAGGACUCUGGAAUGUGUGAAUGAAGAACUCAAGAGUCCAACACACCUGCUUUGGAAGACACUGUCCCUGAUCUUCACAGGGCCGGGGUGUAGAGAAGCAUCGUGAUCACAAACGCAGUGAUCCCUUUUGCUUUACCACAGUGCCAAGAUGAAAUACUACCCACAUGGCCUAUUACAUAAGGGCUCAAUCACAAACAGAUUUUCUCCUUCCCGGUGACUCCUUGGUAUAUCAUAGCUCUUCUUCCCCGUUCCCCAUUGUCCCCGUAAA